CUGGGGACAAGGAGUGUAACUGAGGUCUGCCCUCUUUGAGAUCCCUCGGAGACUCGCCAGCACUCUCCAUUUCCCUGAGACUGUCACUGUGGACACGCACAGGGUGGCACAAAAUAUGCCCCUGCCCCUCCUUCAGCUUGGGCAAGAUGUGGCCCCUGGACUUCUGCAUUCUUAGCUGCAGUGACGGUUCUUCCUUCCCCUGGAGGUCCUGCCUGUUCACCGGUGCCCAGCGCUUCAUUAAGGCAACUUCCUCCUCCAGGCCGGCCACCAUGAUGCCCUCAGGGCCGCCGCCCAGGGUCUGCUGGGCUUCGGUCGUCUUUCUGCUUCUUGCCUGCUGUCUGUUGUCCACAGGUGCCCAGGGACAGACGUACCAGUUACGAGUGGAGCCGAAGGACCCAGUAGUGCCUUUUGGAAAGCCCCUCGUGGUAAACUGCAGCUUAGAUUGCCCCAGCCCUGGAUUAAUCUCCCUGGAGACAGCCUUCUCCAAGGAGCCCCACAGCAGUGGCCUGGGCUGGGCGGCCUUCCGUCUCACCAACGUGACUGGUGACAUGGAACUUCUCUGCUCUGGCCUCUGCAAUAAGUUGCAAGUGGUAGGUUCCUCUAACAUCACAGUGUAUGGGUUCCCAGAGCGUGUGGAGCUGGCACCCCUGCCCCUCUGGCAGCCGGUAGGUGAACAACUCAACCUGAGCUGUCUGGUGUUUGGCGGGGCCCCCCGGAACCACCUCACUGUGGUGCUUCUCCGCUGGGAGGAGGAGCUGGGCCGGCAGCCCGUGGGAAAGGAGGAGCCUACCAAGGUCACGUUCAUGGUGCAGCCGAGAAGAGAGGAUCAUGGCACCAAUUUCUCCUGCCGCUCAGAACUGGACCUGCGGUCCCAAGGACUGGAACUCUUCCAGAACACCUCGGGCCCCAGGAAGCUUCGAACCUUCGCCAUGCCCAAGACCCCCCCGCGCCUCGUUUUCCCUCCGUUCUGGGAGAUGGAAACCUCCUGGCCUGUUAACUGCAGCCUGAAUGGGCUGUUCCCAGCGUCGGAGGCCCAUAUUCAACUGGUGCUGGGGAACCAGAUGCUGAAUGCCACAGUCGUGAGCCAAGCGGACACGCUCACGGCCUCAGCCACAGCAAAAAUCGAACAGGAGGGCACCCAAGAGAUUGUCUGCAACGUAACCUUGGGGGUCGAGAACCGACAGACCCGGGAGAAGUUGGUUGCCUACAGCUUCCAGGGGCCCAACCUGAACCUGAGUGAGCCUAACGCCACCGAGGGGACCCCGGUGACUGUGACUUGCGCGGCCGGACCCCGAGUCCAGGUCAUGCUGGACGGAGUUCCAGCCGCGGGACCAGGACAGCCUGCCCAGCUUCAGCUAAAGGCCACCGAGAAGGACGACAGGCGCACCUUCUUCUGUAACGCCACCAUCGAGGUGGAUGGGGUGACGUUGCACCGUAAUAGGAGUGUCCAGUUGCGCGUCCUGUACGGCCCCACGAUUGACAGAGCUAAAUGUCCCCAACGCUUGAUGUGGAAAGAAAAGACUAUGCAUAUCCUGCAGUGCCAGGCCCGGGGCAACCCGAACCCCCAGCUACAGUGUCUGCGGGAAGGCUCCAAGUUUAAGGUGCCCGUCGGGAUUCCAUUCCUCGUCUUGUUAAACUAUAGUGGUACCUACAGCUGCCAGGCGGCCAGUUCACGGGGCAUGGACAAAAUGUUAGUGAUGAUGGACGUUCAAGGUCGGAACCACGUCACAGUCAAUAUCGCCCUGGGAGUGUUAGCGAUCUUGGGCCUGGUGACUCUCGCUGCAGCCUCAGUGUACGUCUUUAGGGUGCAGAGGCAACAUGACAUUUACCACCUGAGGCCAAGGAGCACCCGGUGGCCCCUCAAGUCUACACAGCCCGUGACUGUGGCAGAGGAGUUAUCCUGAGCUCAGUGAUACUGAGCAAAGGCGACAGGGGCUUGGCUGUAUCUAUCUUCGAAUUCUGAAUAAAGGCUUGAAAGUCCUUA